ACAAAGGGUCCGCGCGCAGCCGCCGCCGCCGCCGCCGCCGCGCGAGGAGCCAGGAUGGUCCUGGUCCACGUCGGCUAUCUCGUGCUUCCAGUGUUUGGCUCUGUGCGCAACAGAGGGAUCUCAGUGUGGAUGCUGGCUUGAGUCCUGCUCAGUUCCAGGUGCGGCCCAUCCCUCAGCACUAUCAGCAUUACCUAGCAACUCCUCGAAUGCACCACUUUCCCAGAAACUCCUCCUCCACGCAGAUGGUCGUCCAUGAAAUCCGAAACUACCCUUAUCCUCAGCUUCACUUCCUUGCUCUCCAGGGACUAAAUCCCAGCAGACACACCUCCGCUGUGCGGGAGAGCUAUGAGGAGCUUCUGCAGCUGGAGGACAGGUUGGGAAAUGUGACUAGAGGAGCUGUACAGAACACCAUUGAGAGGUUCACCUUCCCCCACAAGUACAAGAAGCGAAGACCCCAGGACAGCAAGGGCAAGAAGGACGAGGGGGAGGAGUCAGACACAGAUGAGAAAUGCACAAUUUGUCUGUCUAUGCUCGAAGAUGGAGAAGAUGUGAGACGCCUACCCUGUAUGCAUCUCUUUCACCAACUGUGCGUGGACCAGUGGCUCGCCAUGAGCAAGAAAUGCCCCAUCUGCCGAGUGGACAUUGAGACACAACUGGGAGCCGACAGCUGAGGGAGGGAUUAGCCAGUGGACGCCCCAUUUCCUUCACCAGGUCCCCCCACGGCCAUAGCCCUUGCAGCCAAACUUUGCCUUCUGAGCCAUUUGACGUAGAGGAAAGCCUGCAAGCACAUUUGUGGAAGGAGGAGUCGGUGGUAUCAGUGUCUGAGGGAAAGGAGAGAGUGGGGAGGGCCCGCCCAUCCAGAAUGGUGACUGUCCCCGUCCACCUGGCUGUGCAGGAGGGAGGGAGCUGGCCGUGCCCAGAGCAGGGGCGGGAAGGGGGGGCCCAGGCUGCUGAGAACCCGGUGGGAUCCCGAAGGCACUAGCUGGUAGACCGGCCCCUCAAUCCUGUCCUUCGAAGGAUUGUGUAUAUACCUCUCGACCACGUAGGAACCAUGUAGGGGUCUCUCGCUAUUUCUGUGGACGGCAGCCGGAGCAUGUUAGCUUAAGAAAAAUGUUGUGUGUGGUGCUGUAGUCAUCUUGUGGUGGACAUGUCGCUAUUACCGAAUCCGCACCAAAUAUUUCUCAUUGAGUUUCUUAUUUUGGUGCCUGACUGAACCAACCCACGACAGCCCCAAUCUUCCCGUCUUUAUGAGAGAAAAGGAAAUAGGAAUCAAAGGUGGAAAAAAAAAAAAAAAAAGCCAAAUCCUGUUUAGGGUGAAAAAGGAUGAUUUUUUUUUCACCCAGUUUGGGAGGCGGGAAGGGGGGUUCUCGUUUUGGUUUUGUUUUUGUGUUUUCCUUGGCUUUUGUGUUUCUCAUGUUUACAGUGCACGGAGCAUGGAAGGGGCAUCUGGGAAAGGGGGGAGCGGGAGCUGAUGGGGUCUCACCUGGCCCUGUGGGGUUCAGCCCGAGGCGAGGAAGGCAGAGCUCCAGCAGCGAAGGGGGAGUUUGUCUAGGGAGGGCUCUCUGGUCCCAGGGCUUGGCCCCAGCUGUCCCCACACCCCGGGUUCCACACUGGACCAGGGAGGGCUCAGCCUUCAGUGCCAGCUGCCCCUGUGUCCUGGGAGCCGGGAGACCCAUGCUCACCGCCACUCCUUCCUUUAGGCUGUGCCCUUGCCUGCCACAAAGAGGCAAUGUCGCCACUGCCUCCCUAUGCAAAAAAUCAACCAGAGGAUGCAGACAAGAUAGCGUGGGUGAUGGACGCUUGGUCUUGGCCAGAGUGCUCUCAGCCAGCACUCAGGGCUGAGGUCAAGCAGGUGGGCCUUGAGGAAGACCUUGAGCUUCCUGGGGGAUGUCUCCAGUCUGAUCCAGUCCCUCAGAGAUGGCCCUGGCUCUGAAGCCACAUUGGCUGGUUUUGGGAGGCCCUGUGUCCCUAACCUCUGGUUCUUUCUCUGACUCUUUGAAAACCUUGGGCAAGUCCCUUUCUUUCUCUGUGCCUCAGUUUCCUUCUCCUUUGAGUGGGGAGAAACAACAGUGCACCCCCAUUUCCAGCCCCUCUACCUCACCUAGAUGUCGUGAGGAUUAACAAUCUCUGUCCAACGUAUUCUAUGCUCUCUCCUGGGAACCUCUGGGGUUUAGGGAUGAAGGUGCUGGGAGACACAGACCUGGAAGUUCCAAGUGACACCAUACAGUGUGUCUUUCUGCACCACCCCACAAUUUUUCUGAACCCCAAAGGGAGCAGAGAGAUGGCAGCUCAGAAGAAUGGAGAUAGGAAAAUUCACCAAAUCCCAACCCAAACUCAACUUUCUUUAUCCAUAUGGGGAAAACACCAGGUCAGCUGGAAUUCUGCAGUCUUCCUUUGCCCCUCAUGCCCUUCCUCUUCCCCCAUUUGCACGGCUCUCAAAGCCUCCCCCUCCCCUCAACCCCUAACCCUGUCUCAAUGCCCUCAUAUCCAUGAGACCAAGGGCGACAGGAUACUUACUGCAGAUUGUAAGAAUUCCAUACGAUGAAGGAAAUUUGAGUCUAUAUUGCUGCUACUAAGGGUAAAACCAGGAUCAAUGGGUAAAAAUGACAGGGAGGCAUAUUUGGGCUUGAGGUAGAGCCUUCUAACAUAGCUGGCUCAUGGCACAAUGGCUGCUCUGUCCCGUAGGCUGAGGGUGGGGGAAGUGGCUCCUGGCUGGAGGUUAUUCAAGAAAGUUAGACUAAAGUCUCUCCCAGCACUAAUAUCCUGGUGUUCUAUAAAAUCUUUAUUGAGUGCCUACUGGUGCAGGUGCUGAGGAAGAUGAUAGCAAGGAAGGCAAUGUCCCUGCCUUGAGGAACUUAGUCUAGUUGAGGAGACAAGACAUCCAAUAGUGCAAAAUGGCCAAGAAUCUAAGAUUCAGGGUUAGCAGCAAGCAGCACCACGUGGUCCAGUUCAGUGGUUGAAGUUUGUGAACAAUCCCACCAGUGGAGAAAGUGCAUCUGAGUCAGGAUUUGGGGGAAAGCGAGUUACUAAUGCCACAAGAAGUUGGGAAUUCUGCCCCAUCCUCCCUCAUGGCUGGGCCCAAACCAGGAAUUCAUCAGAAGAUGGCUUUGGCUUGGAAGUAGCCAGGGUGGUCCGGGAAGGUCAUUCUUCUCUUAGUCUCAGUCUCUGGGUUCUUUCUUCUGCGGCUGGCCUGAAAGGUGGCAGGCAUAAGGGAGACAGUGGGGAGGCCAGGAUGGAACUCGAACUGGUGUCCUGGGUUCCAGCCUUGGCUCUUCCCUGACUAAGUGGGCAAUGCCAGGAAUUCCCCUUUGUCUCUCUGGGCCUCAGUUUCCUCAGCUGUAACACAAGGAGGUUGCAUUGGAUGCUUGCCGAAUCUCUGUCCAACUCACACUUUGUGAUCCUCCCUAACAUCAACACAUCUUUCAAGUCUUUAGAGCCGUGUGCCCACCAAGCUGUCGAAAAGGACUUUCUGUGGGCGCGCACGUCUGUUUCAGAGGCUGAGGGCACAUGUGCUGAGUGAGGGGGUGGGACCUGGUCCCCUCCUCCCUCCCGAUUCUCUGCCCCAGGCUGACAUUAGGGACAGGGUGGGGAUCGCCCAAGGGGGAGAGGUAAGCUGCUUAAUGUGGGGGUAGAUCCUGCAGCCCCCCACCCCUUCCCAUCUCCUUGUCCCCUGCAGGUGGGGACAGGAGGUGAGCGGCACUCAGAACCCUCCUUGCUCCCACUGCUUCAGCCAGGCAGCCGUUUGGGUGGGAGGGGAGGAGCGGGUCUGCACUUCUGCUCCCUUGAGGUCCCUCCCGGGGAGGGCGCCUGGGAAGAGCGGAGAAGAGGCAGGAUGGCAGGAUCAGGCCUCAGCAUCUCACAUCCACCACUUCCAGGAGGGGACACCACCCGAAGCCCUCCUCCUGCUCAACUCAAGGGACUCAGACCCUUUUCUGACUGAGACGCAUGAGUGCCUUCUGGGGCGAUCACGACCCCAGGGUUCACGUCGGGCAUCCUAGCCUCUGCAGCAGCCCUGCCUUGCGGGUCCACCAAGGACGCUAAUCAAUCAACCCAACGCCACAAGCCCGGCUGGGCACAGCCCGAGGGCGGUCAGGGGGCCCCGGCUCCCCCACCUGGCCAGGACCCCCUCCGGCCCCCUGUCGCCCUUGGCCACCACCUGUGGCAGGACUCAAGCUCCUCUUCUGCAAAUGUUCCCAGCCUCCGUGCAAGUAUUCUUAACUCUUUACGCCUAAUGAACAAGCACAGUUUUUUCAAUGGUGAAGAAAAAGCACCAGACUUUUUUUUUUCUUGAAAAAAAAAUCCCCUAAGCCCCCCGCCUGCCGGCGGGACGAACACUCCCCGCGUGGGGCUGUAGCAACGUCUGUCGGGUCCCCUCGUGUUUCAUCUCCUGCGCGCGUAGAGCAAAUGCUAGAGCGAUUUCAGCUGAUAGAAAAACAAAAAUGAAAAAAAAAAAACACAAAAAAAACAAAAAACAUGGCACGUUGCUAGUUUACAGGGUUUUGUGAGUUUAAAUGCCUUAUAUUUAACAAUCAUAAUUUAUGACUAACUUGUAGAUAUUGUGGGUUCUUAUUUAAUUAUUUUUAUAGUUGUUUUGCAUUUUUAAUUAUAAUUUAUUUAUUUAGAAAGGAUACUAAUUUUUUUUAUUACUCCUAUUACCUCAUUUUGGCGUUGUUUCUGGGAGUGGAAUGCUUUGCAUGCAUUGGUACGAUGACAAACAACUAUGAAUACAAAAAAAAAAAAUUUAAAUAAAAUUCCGCAAACUUUAUUUCGUCCAAACUAUCAGGGUGUGUGAUUGCAAGGUGUCCUACUGUGGUGCUGGCCUCUUUGGAUACAUUCCAUACGAAAUGCAAACCUUUGAUUCUGUAUGCUGUGAUCUAGUGAAAAACUCCAAUAU